AAAAUAUCAGAUUAUUCAUCAGUAACAAAACAAGGAACAUGAAAGGACUACAAUAUUUAAGUAUCAUAUUAAGUUGUUGUGGAUUAUCACUUAGUGCUCCAACUUGUGACUAUAAGAUGAUUGAAGAUAAAUAUGUAUGCUUAAUGAGCGACUCAGCAUCAGAAGGUAAAAUAAUAGGAAGUCACAAUGAAACUUACGGAGAUGCUCAUGUCUAUCGUGUCACAACAACCGACGAAGCGAACAAAAGUCUGAUUGGUAAAGUGAUAUCAUUAUACCGAAACUUAACAAUAUUUCAAAUUCCAAAAGGGAAUAUUGAAGCCAUUAUAGAAGAUGAUUUUGUAAACUGUACAGCAAACUUAGUCGAGCUUCAAAUUUGUAAUGGAGAUUUGAAUACAAUUCCUGCUGACGUCUUUAAAAAGUGUGAAAAUUUAAAAAGCAUCGAUUUGACAGGGAACAAAUUAACUAUAAUUACAAAAGAAUCGUUACCAAAUAUAAUAAAUAAAUUGAUUUUGUCAAAAAAUCAAAUUAAAAUUGACAUGUCAAAUAUAUUUGAGGUUGGUAAUAAUUUGGAUGCUUUGACAUAUUUUGAUCUAUCAGGAAACAGCAUAGAGACACUUAUUGACUCGGUUCUUCCUUCACAAAGACUUAUUCAUCUAGAUCUUUCAAACAAUAAAAUAAAUGAACUUCCGGGAGCCUAUUUUGACAAUAAUAAAAAUCUAGAAGUCUUAAAUUUGCAAGACAAUCAUAUAGCUUCAAUUUCACAUACAAUUAUAAAGGAAUUAACUAAAUUAAAAGAAUUAAGAAUCGGAUCAAACAAUAUAAGCACUAUCGAUGCAAAAGCUUUUCAGGAUAAUGAAAUUAUCGAAUAUUUGGACAUGAGCAGCAAUCCAAUUGAAACAUUGAAUGCCAACUUAUUGAAAAAUUUAACAACUCUAAAAGCCCUCAACUUGUUUGACAUUAAAAUAACCAACACAAGUCUAGAAGAUCUUAAAACAACGUUAGAGUCACUAAUAAAUCUCGAAAAGCUUAACAUCAGUAAAAAUAUUAUUGGUCCGAUUGAUGGGCUUUUCACAAAAAACGAAAAACUAAGUGUACUCGGCAUAAGCAGCAUGAGUCUUACUGAAUUAGAAAAAGACAUUUUCAGUGCCUUAACAAAGCUUGAAAGUUUGAAUUUUGAUGACAACGAAAUUGUCGAUUUACCGGAAAAUAUUUUCGAAAAGUUAACGGAAAUGAAGAACUUCAGUGCAAAAAAGAACAAGAUUAACAAAUUGAAAGCCUCAACUUUUGAAAAGAUGACAAAUUUGCUAGAACUUGACUUUACAGGAAAUGAAAUUGAUGCAAUUGAAAGUACAUUUUUCGAUACAUUGAAUAAAUUAAAAGUCGUACGAUUUAGUGGGGGAAAUAAGUGCUUUAAUAGUGAUUUUGAAGAUUUUGUUCUUGAUGAAGCAACGAGAGUAAAGUUCUACAAAUGCUUUGAAAACUAUAAUUCAGCACGUACAGUUGUGAUUUCAAAUGUAUUACUAGCAUUUGUUAUAAUUUUUAAGUUUAUUUAAUUUUAUUUCACCAUAUUUGACAUUUUUCAUUUAAAAACAAGAUUUUCUUUGAAAAAGAAUUUUUAUGAUUGCAUUACGAUUAAAUGUAAAAUUGAAAUUUUGGUUUUAGGUUUUAUUAA